AUGAGCUCGGGCGGCCGUCCACGCUAUUGGUUAGCUUUAAGUGAACGUAGUGUUGGCUGGUUGCUUUGGAGUAUCGGUGCUGCUAUAUUUGUCCAGGGCCAUGAUUUCAAUGAAGCACAUCCUGAGCUUGUGGCGCAGUAUCCUGUUCUUCAUGAUAUUUAUCUCAACAUGCAGACCACAUGGGAACAUGACAUUGCGCAUUAUAUGUACGCGGGAGGAGGGAUGUGGAUGAGUUGGGUUCAGUUAUUUGCGUUUCGGAAUCAGAUCCACGGUCCAUUUCAGCGAAAAACAUUGACGGUGUGGUUACUGGGUAUUGUCAUGUACGGCUUAUUACUCGCAGGCGUUGCGAUCGAGUUUCCCUGGGGACUUUAUGUGGGAUUGGCAUACACGAUCAUAAUCAGUGCGAUUUGUCUUAUCAUGAUGGUGUAUAACCGGCAAGGAUUGAAGAACGGAGGUCUACGGACGAUGGGAAGACGGAUGGUGUUACAGUACUAUCUCGGUGCAUGUGUAAUUGGAUUCAUUGUCAUUAUUAUUUGGUUAGCGAUAUUUGGCUUCAAGAACCGGAAAGCAGCAGGUGUUGCUGUACAUUAA